ACGACUACAGCACAAAAAUUUAUACGCUCAUCUCCUCUCUCUGCGAUCGGAGACAGAGACAUGGUGAUCCUUAAACCCGCCCCCCAUCUCUUUAGACGCCUUUUUCCCUCUCCUUUUCAAAUUUCUUACCAUUCAUCUUCUAACUACCUUAACUGUCACAUAGACUCAUUUCUCUCUAACCAGGCCCAAACUCUCCAAUCUCUACACAAAUCCCAUGCUCUCAUAAUAACUACUGGCAAUGCAAACAAUGUUUUUAUAUCAUCAAAACUUAUCUCUCUCUAUGCAUCUUUCAGAAAACCCCAUUCAUCCACCUAUGUUUUUGACUCAACAAAUAAAAAAGACACCUUUCUUUGGAAUUCUAUCAUCAAAUCUCACUUUUCCAAUGGGAAUUACUUCAAAGCUUUUGACUUUUACAUCCAAAUGCGGUAUGAUAAUACCCCACCAAACCAAUUUACAAUUCCCAUGAUUGUAGCCACUUGUGCUGAGCUUUUGUGGCUUGAAGAGGGAAAAUACAUUCACGGGUUGGUCUCAAAAUCUGGAUUUUUUGCGGAAAAUUCUGCGGUUGGGUCAUCUUUUGUUUACAUGUACGCUAAAUGUGGGGUUAUGGAGGAUGCAUCUCUUAUGUUUGAUGAAAUUGUUGUUAGAGAUGUGGUGUCUUGGACAGCACUUGUAAUCGGGUAUGUGCAUAAUGAUGACAGUGAGAAGGGUUUGGAGUGUCUUUGUGAGAUGCAUAGAAUUGGUGGGGAUGGUGAGAAGGUUAAUUCUAGGACACUAGAAGGUGGGUUUCAAGCUUGUGGGAAUUUGGGCGCAAUGAUUGCAGGAAGGUGUCUCCAUGGUUUAGCUGUGAAAACUGGACUCGGGUGCUCUCAUGCUGUUCAAUCUUCUCUUUUGUCAAUGUAUUCCAAGUGUGGGAAUGUUGAAGAGGCUCAUAAGUCUUUUUGUCAAGUUGUAGAUAAAGAUGUUUUCUCAUGGACAUCAGUAAUUGGUGUUUGUGCAAGAUUUGGGUUUAUGAAUGAGUGCUUAAACCUGUUUUGGGAUAUGCAGGUUGAUGAUGUGUAUCCAGAUGGGAUUGUUGUAAGUUGCAUCCUUUUGGGUUUUGGUAAUUCCAUGAUGGUGAGAGAGGGAAAAGCCUUUCAUGGACUUAUUGUAAGGAGAAACUAUGUUUUGGACGAUACGGUUAACAAUGCUUUGUUAUCCAUGUAUUGCAAGUUUGGAACUUUAAACCCCGCAGAGAAGCUUUUAGAUGGUGUACAUGAAUGGAGUAAAGAGUCAUGGAACACUAUGGUUUUUGGAUAUGGUAAGAUGGGAAUAGAAGGGAAGUGUAUCGAAUUAUUUAGGGAGAUGAGAGAUCUAGGCAUUGAAGCUGAUUCAAACAGCUUGGUCUCUGUAAUUUCUUCGUGCUCUAAAUUGGGACUGAUUAAUCCAUGUCGAUCAGUUCAUUGUUACAUAAUUAAGAAUUCAGUGGAUGAAGAUGUCUCAAUCGCCAAUUCACUUAUAGACAUGUACGGAAAAGGUGGUAAUUUGUCCAUUGCAUGGAAAAUGUUUUGUAGGACGCAGAGAGAUGUUGUCACAUGGAACACCUUGAUCUCAUCAUAUACUCACAGUGGGCACCACGCAGAGGCUAUCACAUUAUUCGAUGAAAUGAUUUCAGAAAAAUUAAACCCCAAUUCAGCAACAUUGGUUAUAGUUCUUUCAGCUUGCGGUCAUCUCCCAUCCUUGGAGAAAGGAAAAAUGGUUCACCAAUAUAUUAAGGAAGGAGGAUUUGAGCUCAAUGUUUCUCUUGGUACUGCAUUGGUUGAUAUGUAUGCAAAAUGUGGUCAACUUGAACAAUCAAGAGAAUUGUUCAACUCAAUGAAGGAGAAAGAUGUCAUUUCUUGGAAUGUAAUGAUCUCAGGUUAUGGUCUGCAUGGAGAUGCAAAUUCUGCAAUGGAGGUUUUCCAACAAAUGGAGCAAUCAAAUGUUAAACCGAAUGCAAUUACCUUUCUAUCACUCCUCUCAGCUUGCACUCAUGCAGGAUAUGUUGAUGAAGGGAAGCAACUGUUCGAUAGAAUGCAAUAUUAUUCUAUAAAACCCAAUCUAAAGCAUUUUGCUUGUUUGGCAGAUCUUCUUGGAAGAUCAGGUAAUCUACAAGAAGCUGAAGAUCUGGUUCAGUCAAUGCCAAUUUGUCCUGAUGCAGGUGUUUGGGGAACUUUGUUAAGUGCUUGUAAAAUUCAUAAUGAAAUUGAGAUAGGAAUAAGGGUGGCAACAUGUGCUAUUGAAUCUGACCCAGAAAAUGAUGGGUACUAUAUAAUGCUUUCCAACAUGUAUGGUUCUAUGGGAAAGUGGGACGAGGCUGAAAGAACAAGGGAACUGAUGAAGGAAAGGGGAGUAGGGAAGAGAGCUGGUUGGAGUGCAGUGUAGCUUAGAGGGAAUGUCAUUUGUUAUUGUUCGCAUAUCUCCAUUGAACCUUAAACUCAUUUAAGUAUACGAGGAGUUUUGCAGGCUACCUUAAAUGUGACAUUUUCUGACCUGAAAAGAGCUCUGUAUACAGCUUGUUAGGGCCAAGAAUUGAUGGUCAUAACUAGAAUUGCAAGAACGCAUCUUGCGGGUAAUCUUGUUCAUCACAGUGGGUUGCGGCCUUGUAUCAUUUUCCAUGGCGUUUGGGUGUUGUCAAUACGAAGUACUUAAGCAGACUCAUCAUCAUAAAACCUAUCGAACACUUGUUGGGGCAAUAAUUGUCAGUUUGACUAGUUCAAACACUGCCUGGCGUUUCUGACAAACAAAACCGGGGUUGUAAUUAGUGACAAUAAGAAUCUGUUUGAAGCUUCAAGGAGCCAGUUUGAUAAUGUUGAAGCUUACAAACUCUAUCAACAUUUAGAAAUCCAUGGAUGUUAAAUUCUAACCUCUGUGAGGACGUUUUGUCAGAUUGCUCUGGAAUAGGUGCCAUCUUUUACGUUCUAGUCCUGGAGUAUGUGCUGCUAUCUCCUGGAAGAUGUUGUCACUGACAGUGGUACUUGGAGGAGAGCGAUGGUGACAGGAGCAUGGCAUUGUGGAGGGAAGGCAUCUUGUGCUAGCCUGUGAGAGUUACCAUGCACUACGUUCAUUCGCCAUCUGGAGUUGGUGCUGUGUAACAAAUAACGUCAACUUUUCUUUAGUCAUGAUAUAAUUAGAUGGUCUAAUUUGUUAGAAUAUAUCACCUUCUUGUGCAUCAACUCUUUUGGUUUCUCCAAGUCGAUGACAAUCAUUCUUUAAUAUCAUGAAAGAUGUUUUCUUGC